CAAUAUCUGAACCACUACCACCACCACCACCACAACAACAACAACAACAACAGCAGCAGCAGCAGCCAUCAAAUAAUAAUAAUUUACAGAGCAAUAAUAGUAAUUCUCAUAGUGAAAAUAAUAGAUCAGGAAUAGAACAUAACAAUAGCCAAAGUUAUUAUUCUGACAAAUCAUCUUUUCAUAAUCCAGCUGUAAUUGCAUUAACAGCUGCUUGCUGUCUUGUAUUAAGCAUUGCAUUACUAUGGACACUUCGAAUAUGUAUAAAAAAUAGAUGGUGGCCAUUUACAAAGCAGCAAAAUAUAAGAAUAGCAAAAGGUAGAUUAUGGAGAAAAAAAGGUCUGUCAGAAAUGGAAUCUAUCGAUCAUGCUUCACUCUCUUCGAUUCCUAAUUCUGCUCCACCUUCUUUUUCUUCUAUAUCACCAGACUUAUCAACUUUACGCCAGCCUCAUCAGGCAUAUCUUUAUACAGGUCAACCCUCUUUUUCUUCAAAUAUAUCAUCUGAUACUUCAUCCAUUCAUAAUAAUCGUGAGCCUCUUCCUGCUUAUUUAUCUUUAUAUGCAUCACCACCAAAAUAUGAACAAGCUAUUGUGACUCAAAUUCGAGAUUUACGUGAAGAGAGCGAUAGUUCAUCAGUGAAUGAUUUGUAUCAUCAAGAUGCUGCUCCUAUACCUUCGAUGUGGGUUCCUGUUUAUUUUGCACAUACAAGCAAUUUUGGAAGACGAAUUAAUAAUCCAAAUUUACUCAAUUUUGCUCCUAAUCAUACUAUGCCGUCCUAUUGGAUUCAAAGCGUGACACAGCCUUUGAAUCAUCAAACAUCAUUAGGAGAUGUAUCAAAUCCUUUUGAUGAUAACUACCAAAGUAUUGAGCACCAACAAGAAAGUGAAUCAUAAUAACGACAAUAAAGAGAGGAGUUAAUAAGUAAUAAUAAUAAUAAUAAAGGGGAAAGCUUUGUGCAUAAGUUAAUAUAAUAAAUUGUAUGACAAAUAUUGAAAAAGUCACAUUAGAAAA